GUCAAACAAGGACAAGACAAUAACACAGUAAAAGGAAAAGACAUAAUACAGAGAUAUACCAUAAAAACAUACAAGACACCCAAUACAACGCUACACACAAAUAGCACAUCAAAAAUGAAUGUGUGUCAAUAAAAUCAAGUCAGAAAAGACCACAAGAAUAGAGGUCAGUGUGUGCAGUGUUGUGCAGUUUUUAAAAGACUUUUUAAGUUGGCUUUAAAAGUGCUAAUAGAGCUGCAGCUCCUCACACCUUCAGGCAGGGGUUCCACUGGUGUGUUGCUUUUACAGAGAAGGCUGAUUUUAGUUGCACCAGUACUGGAAUGGAGUCCUCUUUAAACUGUGUAAUUAGUUUUGCAUCAACAUUUUGACACACCAUUACAGUCGUAAGUAAUGAAAACACAUCUCAGAUGACCUGAGUGAAGAACCUCCUCCUCCUCGUUUCUUUUUUUGCAGUUAAUAAUACUGCAUUCUAUUUAGCUUCACCAGGUAUGAGGAGCUCAUGUUGUACGUAACGUUAUUGAGGAGGUGGCCCUGAAGAGCCAUCUUUAGUAAUGUUAAACUGUGAAUUAAAUAAGUCCCGCCCACAGUCGAGCCACUGACCAUUUGAGGUAAGGUCAUAAUCUGUGUUCUGUUCUCUUUGCCCAUUGGAGUGACUAGACUCGGGACCUGCUGUAGUCCUCUAGAGGGGCAGGGCAGUGGGGAAACCCAUGUGACACAGAAACAGGAAACUGAGGAAAACAAACAUCCAGUAAUCCUGCCGAAGCACAACCAUAACUAAUGAGGAUUCAUUUUGAUCUCACUUCAGACAGAAGUACUGGUUCCCUUGGGCAGACUGCUUUGCUUGAAAGCUGAUAUCAGUGUGUGUAACAUGCAGACACCUCCACUCAGCUGUUUGACACAUUUACCCAGAGACCAUCUAACACCUGGGUUACCUCCCGUCACACUUGUUGGUGUAGACUGCUACGGUCCAAUAGAAGUGAUGUCUCCCUUGACACCAGUUUGUUCAUUCAGUGAAUCAUUUGCAGGAGAGGGCAUGUGAUUAUUAUAUUAGAUCACACAACGGCCUCGAUCUGAAAGAAUUGAGAGAAGCCCUCCAACAACAGCUUCAAGUGACCCAGAUGACCUGGACCCCUAACACCAAAUCAUUUAUUGCAGCUCAAGCUGCAACCUGUUCUCCCACCUGGAUUGUUCCAAAGGGAAGAUAUGUCCAGUGCAGAUGGAGACAAGUACAAUACAUUUCAAACCUCUUUUGGACUCGACGGAUAAAAUAUUACCUUCCUCUGAUGCAAGCAUGUCAGAAGUCGGUUGUUUUGUUUUGUUGUCCUUGAGAGGCAGUGUGUAUGAUCGCUGUCUAUUGUGAUGCCUACAAAAUGUUAUCGCUUUCAGUGGCCGUGAGGUUUCGCUGCAGGAGGAACACCCAAUUGCUUUAAGUAUGCUUGAGUGCACUAAUGCAUCGGCCUGUUUGAGACUGUAAAUCCACUACUAGAAAGUCAUCCAAUAGGCGAAGAACAAAUGCAAUUUGCAGUUAUUCAACAAUAUCCAACAAAGUGCUUCAGAAAGGGUAUUGAAUAUACAGGAGGGGGGGGGUACUACGACAGCCAAAGGUUCUUGCCAUUUGGCGCUGAAAAGGUGCCACUGCGAUGGCAUGACAUGAAUAGAGUCAUUAAUACUUGGAGCAUUAUCAUCAUGAGUGGCUGGGAGUAUAUUAUCAGACCCUUUAUUUUAUUUUUAUAAAGUAUUUUUGAAAAGCUAUACCUAUGCAUUUAUAUGGAAUGUGAAGGACUACCAUAAGGCCUAGUCACGUAGCCCUUUGUCAUUUAUUUGGCCAAUACCUCUGGUUCUUCAGAGCAGAGUUUGAGACAUGGGAUACUUUUGGAAGAAAACUUAAGUCAGCAAGAAAACCUCAAACUAGACCAGUAAUUAAAUAAUUAACAAAACAACGAUUGGAUGCUUCCAGUUUUUGCCAAGUUCUGAGUUGUUGACAGGUGUAUGGUUUAUUCACUUCUUGACACGAGACGAGUGUGGCAGCACGGUUGAACACAGCAGCAUUUUAAUCAAAUUAACGUCAUUACCAGCGAGGAUUUGAUUCCUUAGCUGAGGAGAAAUUGCAGCUGCAGGAGGAAGGAAUGGCACGCCAGUUGGAGCUGCUGGGACUGCAGUUCCCAGCGUUCUCUGCGGCAUGACGUCAACAGAGAGCGCACCGGCUGUCGUGUGAUUGGUGUGUGAGAAGCAAUGAUUCAAUCGGCUGAUUGUCAGCUGCAGCUGGGGUCGUAUGACUGUUCUGCAUGAAUCAACGCGAUGCUUCAUUAGUCAGGAAGUAUUUCCUUGGUAGGUUGUUCCAAAGGUCAAGUUCAACUGGUAUCUCCCCUGAGACGGCCAACAGCUUGUCAAUAGGUCCAUUCUUCUCAGUGUAGAAAGUGUGGCAGCAUAGACUGGCAGGAAGUGUAUGUGUACAUGAAGGAGUUCUGUUUACAUCCAUUUGACUGGUCUGUCUGAUGCAGUACUGCAGUACUCGGGGCGGGGUCCAUGGAUGGGACUUCCAUGAUGUGCUGUUUUCAGGAUAUGCUCCUGACGGUGGCAUGUUCAUGCCCGAGAGUGUACCUGUGCUGAGCCCAGACACCCUGAGGAGCUGGAGGGGGCUGACCUACACCCAACUGGUGGUGGAGGUUGCCUCACUGUUCAUCCCCACUCAGCUCAUCCCCAGACAGGACCUGGAGGGCCUUGUGGGUGAAGCCCUGACUGGUUUCUCAGUGCCUGAGGUGUUGAGAAUUGCCCGGCUGAAGGAGGGUCUCUCAGUCCUGGAGCUCUUCCAUGGAGACACCUUGUCCUUUAAGGACCUGGCCAUGACCUGCACAGUGCGCUUCCUGAACUAUUUCCUGCGAAAACAGAAUCGCAGAGCUACAGUUCUUGUAGGUACAUCAGGAGACACAGGUGGCUCGGCCAUCCAGAGUGCCAAAGGUCUCAGUGGGUUGGACGUGGUGGUGGUUUACCCCCAAAGACGCAUCACGCCAGUCCAAGAGAAACACAUGAUCACCUGCCUGGACGAUAAUGUCCAUGUGUUUGCUGCCCACGGCAGCUCAGAUGACAUAGAUCGACCCCUGCGGCGUCUCUUUGCAGACCAGGAUCUGGUCAGGUCUCACGGUCUCAUGAGCCUCAACUCACUCAACUGGUCUAGAGUCAUGAUCCAGCUCGCCCACUUCAUCUAUGCUUAUCUGGAGCUCAGUGGUAUGGAGCAGGCAGAGGCUGAUGGAGACCUGCCUGAGCUGGAGGUGGUGGUGCCCACUGGAGGGGCGGGAAACAUUGCUGGUUGGUUGAUUACUAUUGAAUGAUUAUUUCCCAAAAGAAAAUCCAUCUUUUGAUUAAUAAAUACUCACCUUUAGGUUGAGUCUUGAAUAAUCAGGUUUGAAAAGUGGCUAACACACGUUUACUGCUUCCUCAUGGAGGGAAGUCCCAGCCAGCUUGGAUUCCAACUGAGACUCACAGUCACACACAAAAAAACUCCAUAGAAAUUGAAAAAUAAUAUAAUAAUAACACUUGAGCAGGAGGAAGCAAUAGAUGACACGGAGGUCUUUAGCUAUGAAUCAUACAGAUCAACAGCAGGGAGGUGGAUUAUGCUGCAGGAGGUUUCUGACUUUCAUUCACAGUUGAAUCCAAACUGACAGCGUCCUCCAAAGGAGCAAGCUAAAAACUUCUCAGAGCCACCUUUUAAACCUACAGACAGGUGAAGUAUUUCUUUAAGAACAGUACAUUCCUGCAUCAGGAGGCAUUUUCUCAGCAUUUCUGCAUCUGUUCUCUUACAUGUUGAUUCAUGUAUGUGUGUGUGUGUGUGUGUGUGUGUGUGUGU